AUGAAGGGGAUGAAAAUUUUCAAUAACCAGGAGAUUAAAAGCCAGACUGGACUUGAAAAAAUGAGAAGGCAGUUUUGGAACGAGAAAGCGGAAUUAUUAUGCACUCGUUCUGAAACUGCUAAUCUGUCGAAAACCGAGAUACACAGGUUAAUCGAUACAGCUUGGUGCCUCAGAAAAAUAUCGAUUCUUGUGGAUGAUGCUAGAAAACUAGAACUGGACGAGCAUGACCUAUUUGCACAUGAUGACAAUGCCACAUUGGAAAGAGGAAUUGGAAAACAAAAAUACAAAACUAUUAUGAACAACAUGAGCCGAGUGGAACGUGCCCAUCAGAACAUUUUGAAUAAAUAUAAAGAACUUGAAAGCUGCAAAGAAAAAAAUAAGGUCACAUCGAUCACCAUCGACGAACGAAAAAGACUGCGAGAAGAACUUGAAGAAAGGAAAGCUCUAUUUCAUGGUGCGUAUACAGAACUAAGACAUGCCCAAGAUGCACUAACAAAGGCAUUAAUAAACAGAAGAACAAUGCUCGAUAAACCUAUCAAAGAAAAUACUGACAUUUCCCAAUCAACAAGUGAUUGA